GGCCGGGGGCCGGCUCCGGCGGCGGUCGCGGUCGGCGGUCUCCGACCUCUGGGGGGCCGGCCGGCCGGCCGACGGUCGCCGGAAUUGGCCGAGCGCGUCAGCCGGGGAGCCCGGCUCGGGGAGAUCAGGUCGCCGCCGGCCGCCUCCCGCACUGCCAGUCGGUCACAAGGCGCUGAGCCGUCCACAGCCGCGGACAGCUGUAGGCAACAAUGACGUCAUCGACUCUGCCUGCGGCGCUGGCGCUGCUGCUGCUGCUGCUGGCACAGGCACAAGGCCAGCUGUCGGCGCAGGGCCGGCUGCUCGGUCUGCGCGCUGCACCCGGGGUCCGUGGAGGGGUCAGAGACUGGGUCACCUACUUCAUGCUGCCGCAGCUGCCGCUUCAGCAAGUCAGCCAGGAUGCCACCGUGUCUGGACCGGGCCGGUACGAGCUCAGAGACGGCGUCACUGCCACCCUGGAGUCGCCCAACUACCCCGAACAGUACCCGCCCAACACCUGGGUCACGUGGCUUUUCAAAGUUAGCAAUUCCGGGACCGGUCGGCUUCAGCUGCGCUGUGACGACUUCAGCCUGUCACGUAACGACUACGUAGUGCUGCGUCCCUCCGACUCUCGACGGCUGAUCGUCGACGCCGGCAGCGUGGCGCCCGACCUGGGCGUCAGUGAGUCGAUCGUCCUGGAGCUGCGCAGCGCGCGCACCGGCACCGGGCGACUUCGGUGCUCCGUCACCGCCGCGCGCGACGGAGACGCCGCGACCGGCGGAGAGUCGCAGCCGGCGGCGGCCAGUCCUGUGACGCCGGCGACGACUCAGUCCACAACGCAGUCCACAACACAGUCCACCACAACAACCACUCAGUCUACGACCCAGUCUACGACCACUCAGUCUACCACUCAGUCUACAACCACCCAGACGCCAACUCAGUCGACAACCCAAGCGUCGACUGAGCCGGAGGGGACGACUGUCAACGCCUGGUGGCUCACCACGACGACCACCACGACGACCACCACCACCACUACUACAACCGAGAAGCCAGCACCGGCGGAGGGGACGGAUGCUGCCACAGCAGCCGCCGCUGCCGCCGCUGCCGCCGCUGCUGCUGCCGCUGCCGCUGCCGCGGGCACUACUACAGAGGCGCCGGCAGCGUCGGCCGACCUGAACUCAAUCUGCGGCCGAAACAAGUACAGCACCAGGAUUGUGGGAGGUGCUGAGGCCAAGAAGGGAGAGUUCCCCUGGAUCGUGGGAUUGGCGAGUCCAUUCAGGAGCAAAUUCAGGAAGCCUUCUUGCGGCGGCAGCAUCAUCAACCACAAGUUCAUCCUGACUGCAGCUCACUGCACGACCAGACGUGGCAAGCCGAGGCCGGCAGUCUCCACGGUGGUGCUGAUCCGGAAGCACACGACCUCGACUGACCCGGAGGAGAUCGAGUUCAAGGUCAAGCGGAUCAUUGUGCACCCAGGGUACAGCAGCAGCACGCUCAACAACGAUAUGUCACUGCUCGAACUGGAGGAGUCUCUGCAGCCGCUGUUUGACGCCGAGGACGGCCGGGUUCGCCCGAUCUGCCUGCCGGAGACGCCGUGCUCCGGCAGCCGUACCAGCUCGGCCUGUUUCCCGGACCGGACGGCCGUGCUGGCCGGGUGGGGCGUGAAGCGCGCCGGCAGCCCCGAGCGGCCGCCAGUGGUGCACUAUGUGCAUGUUCCGGUGGUGGAUAAUGAUAAGUGUGUGUCCAACUAUGAGUCUCUCGGUCUGACGGUGACCGAUCAGAUGAUCUGCGCAGGACUGGAGGCUGGCGGAAAGGAUACCUGUCAGGGUGACAGCGGCGGUCCGAUGAUGAUGAAGUCCAGGGAGGAAGUGUUCACCCUGGCCGGAGUGGUCAGCUUCGGAAAGGGCUGCGCAGAGGCCGGCUACCCGGGAGUUUACGCCCGCGUCUCAGAGUUCCAAGACUGGAUCGAAGCAAACGCCGGUAAUGUCGGCAGAGCUCUGGAAUAACAGAGCGACACCCACCCAGAUCCAGAGACCGUAUCACCUUGAAUCUUGAUAGCCGUGGCCAGCAAUCGUACUGACUGUCUAACUGUCCAGCGUAGUUUAUGGACAGCUGACCUCGCCUAUUUUCGGAUCGUAUUGGUCUCAGUAUACCAUCCAGUUCGCGUGCUCAGUUUAGCGAGCAUUGCAGCAUGCAAUGUGCUCAUGCCAUGGUGAUAGGAAACAAUGCACGAGCUCAAAGCUCCUGCCCUUAGAGUGAGCUGUGGGAUCCUCAAGGUUCACUGCUUAGCUGCCUUACGAUGUUUGCCGGUAGGGCAAUGGCAUUACGUAGUAGGAAUAGUGGCCUUAAUCCGUAAAUUAUAGCAUUUCAUGGUUCGUAUUAGUGCUGCUUUGGCAGGCGUACAGGAUGUCCGGAUCGACCGAAGCUAAGCUGGACAUUUCCAUAUUGACAUACGUCAAUGUCGAUGUGAAAUAAAAUAUACAAAACCGU